AUGUCCAAAUCAUCAUCUCGAUUCACCCCCUCCUUUCGCCUCCACAAACAACGAACAUCUAAUAGUACCUCCCCUUCAACCCAACCCACCCCAGAAACAAUAUCCGAUCCCGAUCCCCAACCCCAACCGCAGACCCAGACCCAAAUCAUGAACCCCAACAUCAACCUCACCAUCGAAACCAUCCACGCCCCCUCUACCACCCCGCCCAAACCAACCAGCAUCACAAUCUUCCUCGCCGGCAGCACUCCCCCUUCACCCACAACCACUAGCAAAGACUCAUCCAAUCCAAUCCGCAUCUCCUCCUUCUCCUCCUCUUCCUCCCGACGAGACCACCACCAACAACCACCCCCAACAUGGCGCGAUACCUUCUCCACCCACCUAGCCCACUACUUCCUCCCAAAGCCACAGCCACAAACACACCCAGACAACACCAACACCAACACCAAUACUACCCCCCAAACCAUCCACCUAACAAUCCUCGACCCCUUCCGUCCAGACUGGGACAGUUCGUGGCGCGAAGACCCAUCUUUCCCGCCGUUCAAGGAACAGGUCUCGUGGGAGAUGGAGCAGCGGGAACGGGCUGAUAUCGUGCUUUUUCACUUUGAUCCUGCGAGUAUGGCGCCGAUCAGUUUGUUGGAGUUGGGGUUAUGUAUGCGGGAGCCUGGCAAGGUGGUGGUUGUUUGUCCCAGGGGGUAUUGGAAGAGUGGGAAUGUGAGGUUGGUUUGUGAGAGGUUUGGGGUGCAGGUGGUGGAGGGGUUGGAGGAGGGGGUGGGGGUUGUGGGGGAGUUUGUUGAGAGAAUUAGGGUUGGGAAGGAGAGGGAGAGGGAGGGUUGUUGA